AUGGUCAAUCACUGCUGUUUCCUAUGGUAUGUAUAAUCCACCCGAGAUUUCAAUCUGGUUCAGUUUUGGGUUCAUGCCCUAAAAUGAUCUGGAAAAGCAGAUGGAUGGUGUUGACAUAGAAUACAUACAUGAAGGUGGGCCCCACGGUAAGGGCGGCACCAUCUUGUGUGAGGCUGGGCCGCACCUAAUCCUCUCCCCUAAGCUACGGCACAAUAAUCACGCUUCAGUGAUAGUACUGGCAUUGGAUUUUGGAGUUGCAGAGCCAUUGAAAAUUUUCUUUUUUAAUGUUCUACGUUCAACUAUACUAUGUAGUUAUGGCGAGAAUCAUCCAUUCCGCAUAACUUUUAUCAAGAACAUCGAUGCUUCUGGCCACCCCAUCAUAUUACCCUAUGGGGCAAAAUGUACUAUUUCAAUAGAAGGAAAGAAGGAAACAGCUUGCUGCUCGAGUAUUGAUAUCAGAUCUGACUGAUCCCAACUCUUUUGUUCUCUUUCAGAUGUUGGAUUUUCUGCUUGAGAAGAAAGACGUGAAGGAUGUCUUGAACGUAAAAAAUAAAUAUGGCUACACUGCCUUUGAUAUCUCACAAAGAAACAGCCCCCCUAACACCAUAAUCAGCGAUAAGAUUCAAAAUGCAGGAGGCAGGGGAAGCUUUUCAUUGAACUGGAACAUUUGGUACCCGAAAGACCAAGCCUGGACAAAUGAAAUGAACAACACAUUGAUGGUGGUGGCGACACUGAUUGUAGCAGUUACAUUCCAGGCUGCAAUCAACCCUCCUGGAGGUGUCUGGCAGGAUCUACCAGAUACCAAUUCAGCUUCUCCAGCGCCAUCUCCCAAGCAUUCCAUUGAUCCGUCUCGUGUUGUACUUGGGACAGCCAUUCAUAAUAACAUCAACCUUACUUUGUUCCAAAUAUUCAUGUACUUCGACACCAUCGCGUUCUCUGCAGCUCUGUCAAUCAUUCUAUCUCUUCUGAGUGGGUUUUCACUUAGGCGCCGGUUUACAACUUGGGUCAUGGUGAUCAGCAUGUGGGCUACACUGUUCUCUAUGGGUAUGGCUUUUGCAUUUGGCACACUGACCGUCGUUCAUAAGGACGCCCUUAAAAAAAUACCUUAUGUUCUAUAUAGUUGGUUGGGAACCAUUGUCCUAGUUCUAUUAUACCACUGUGUCAUCUUUGUAGUCUGUUUGGAGGAUAAAAUCAAGAAGUGUUGGGUGGACAUAAUGAUAAUGCUGGGAAUAAAGAAGGACAUGACCAGUGACCAAGAGAAGAAAGAAACAUCAGCUGACCAUAAAUUCCAUCACAAGGAGAUGAUGGCUUGAGUGACAAGGGCGUGCUUGAAGUCUAUAGAUUUUAUGUGGUGUAAUGAUGUAUGUGUGUACUCUUUUCAUGUCUUUCUUAGUGUAGUUUUUGCUGUUAGUAGACAAGGACUAUACGUAUAAACAGCAGUAGCAA